CUCCGCUCCCACCCCCACCUGGCGCGGGUGCCCCGGGCGCGGGGCCGGCCGGGGACCGGGCGGAGACGGGCGCCCGCGCCCGCGGACUGCGGAGUUGCUCCCAAGUCGGCGGCCGCAGUGGCCGGGCGGGGCGGGGCGCGCUCGGCCGCGGCCAAGGACACCGGAGUUUGCGAGUCGCCCCCGCCCGCGCGGCGCCUCCCGCCCGCCCGCCGCGGCCCGCCGGACUCCCCGGGGCCGCCGAGGCGGGGCCGGCGGCCGCCGCUGCGAGAGGCGCGUCUCCCUCCUGCCUCCCCUGCCUGCCUCCCUCUCCACCUCGCUUCCCUCCCGCUCCUCCCCGCCCUCCCCGCGCCACCCCUCCCGCUUCUUUUUCUGCUCCCCCAAGUGAGCCCGGCGCGCGAGAGGCAGGCGGGGCGGCGCGCAGAGGCAGCCCAGCGCGAUCGCCCACCGCCCGCUCGGCGCAGCUCCCCGCGGCCACCCGGAGGAGCCGCCGCCGCCGCCGCCGCCGGCGCGUCCGAGGGAGCCCAGCAUGGCCGGGCCGGGCUGGCCGCGCCGCGCGUCCCGGGGGGCCCGGGCGCUCCUGGCCGCCGCGCUCCUCCACGCCGCGCUCCUGGGGGCCGCGGUGCGCUCGGAGCAGCAGAUCCCGCUCUCCGUGGUGAAGCUCUGGGCCUCGGCUUUUGGUGGAGAAAUAAAAUCUAUCGCUGCCAAGUACUCCGGCUCCCAGCUUCUGCAAAAGAAAUACAAAGAGUAUGAGAAAGAUGUUGCCAUAGAAGAGAUUGAUGGGCUCCAACUGGUGAAAAAGCUGGCCAAGAACAUGGAGGAGAUGUUUCAUAAAAAGUCUGAAGCAGUUCGACGUCUUGUGGAAGCUGCAGAGGAAGCACAUCUGAAACAUGAAUUUGAUGCAGAUUUACAGUACGAAUACUUCAAUGCUGUGCUGAUAAAUGAAAGGGACAAAGAUGGGAACUUUUUGGAGCUGGGGAAAGAAUUCAUCUUAGCUCCGAAUGACCAUUUUAAUAAUUUGCCGGUGAAUAUCAGUCUGAGUGAUGUCCAAGUGCCAACAAACAUGUACAACAAAGACCCAGCUAUUGUCAAUGGAGUUUAUUGGUCUGAAUCCCUUAACAAAGUUUUUGUGGAUAACUUCGACCGUGACCCAUCUCUCAUAUGGCAGUACUUUGGAAGUGCGAAGGGCUUUUUUCGGCAAUAUCCAGGGAUUAAAUGGGAACCAGAUGAGAAUGGAGUCAUUGCCUUUGACUGCAGGAACCGAAAAUGGUACAUCCAGGCAGCAACUUCUCCGAAAGAUGUAGUCAUUUUGGUUGACGUCAGUGGCAGCAUGAAAGGGCUUCGUCUGACGAUUGCGAAGCAGACAGUCUCAUCUAUUUUGGAUACGCUGGGAGAUGAUGACUUCUUCAAUAUCAUUGCUUACAACAAGGAGCUUCACUAUGUGGAACCUUGCCUGAAUGGAACACUGGUGCAAGCGGACAGGACCAACAAGGAGCACUUCAGGGAGCAUCUGGACAAGCUUUUUGCUCAAGGCAUCGGAAUGCUGGACAUUGCUCUGAAUGAGGCCUUCAACAUCCUUAGCGACUUUAACCACACAGGACAAGGAAGUAUCUGCAGCCAGGCCAUCAUGCUCAUCACUGAUGGGGCUGUGGACACCUAUGACACCAUCUUUGCAAAGUACAAUUGGCCAGAUCGAAAGGUUCGCAUCUUCACAUACCUCAUUGGACGCGAGGCUGCUUUUGCAGACAAUCUCAAGUGGAUGGCCUGUGCCAACAAAGGGUUUUUCACCCAGAUCUCCACCUUGGCUGAUGUGCAGGAAAAUGUUAUGGAAUACCUCCAUGUGCUCAGCCGGCCCAAAGUUAUUGACCAGGAGCAUGAUGUGGUGUGGACCGAAGCUUACAUCGACAGCACACUCCCUCAGGCACAAAAGCUUGCUGACGAUCAGGGCCUUGUCCUCAUGACCACAGUCGCCAUGCCCGUGUUUAGUAAACAGAAUGAAACCAGAUCAAAGGGAAUUCUUCUGGGCGUGGUGGGCACGGAUGUCCCUGUGAAGGAACUUCUGAAGACCAUCCCCAAAUACAAGUUAGGGAUUCACGGUUAUGCCUUUGCAAUCACAAAUAAUGGAUAUAUCCUGACGCACCCAGAACUCAGACCACUGUAUGAAGAAGGCAAGAAGCGGAGGAAACCUGACUAUAGCAGCGUUGACCUCUCAGAAGUGGAGUGGGAAGACCGAGACGACGUGUUAAGAAACGCCAUGGUGAAUCGAAAGACCGGGAAGUUUUCCAUGGAGGUGAAGAAGACAGUGGACAAAGGGAAACGGGUUUUGGUGAUGACAAAUGACUACUAUUAUACAGACAUCAAGGGUACUCCUUUCAGUUUAGGUGUGGCGCUCUCCAGAGGCCAUGGAAAAUACUUCUUCCGCGGGAAUGUGACCAUCGAUGAAGGCCUGCAUGACUUAGAACAUCCUGAUGUGUCCUUGGCAGAUGAAUGGUCCUACUGCAACACUGACCUACACCCAGAACACCGGCAUCUAUCUCAGCUAGAAGCUAUUAAACUUUACCUCAAAGGCAAGGAGCCUCUGCUUCAAUGUGAUAAAGAAUUGAUACAAGAAGUCCUUUUUGAUGCAGUGGUGAGCGCUCCCAUUGAGGCGUAUUGGACCAGCCUUGCCCUCAACAAAUCUGAGAACUCUGACAAGGGUGUGGAGGUUGCCUUCCUUGGCACUCGCACGGGCCUCUCAAGGAUCAACCUGUUUGUUGGGGCUGAGCAGCUCACCAAUCAGGACUUCCUGAAAGCUGGAGACAAGGAAAACAUUUUUAAUGCAGAUCAUUUCCCUCUCUGGUACCGAAGAGCUGCGGAGCAGAUUCCAGGGAGUUUUGUUUACUCCAUCCCCUUCAGCACAGGACCAGUCAACAAAAGCAAUGUAGUGACAGCAAGUACUUCCAUUCAGCUCUUGGAUGAACGGAAAUCUCCUGUGGUGGCAGCUGUAGGCAUUCAGAUGAAACUUGAAUUUUUCCAAAGGAAGUUCUGGACUGCCAGCAGACAGUGUGCCUCACUGGAUGGAAAAUGCUCCAUUAGCUGUGAUGAUGAGACUGUGAACUGUUAUCUCAUAGACAAUAAUGGAUUCAUUCUGGUGUCUGAAGACUACACACAGACUGGAGACUUUUUUGGUGAGGUCGAGGGAGCUGUGAUGAACAAAUUGUUAACAAUGGGCUCCUUUAAAAGAAUCAAUCUUUAUGACUAUCAGGCCAUGUGUCCAGCCAACAAGGAGAGCAGUGAUGGUGCCCGGGGUCUCCUGGAUCCUUAUAAUGCUUUCCUUGCUGCAGUGAAAUGGAUAAUGACAGAACUGGUCCUGUUCCUGGUGGAAUUUAACCUCUGCAGUUGGUGGCACUCAGAUAUGACAGCUAAAGCCCAGAAAUUGAAACAGACCUUGGAGCCUUGUGAUACUGAGUAUCCAGCAUUUGUCUCUGAGCGGACCAUCAAGGAAACCUCAGGGAACAUUGCUUGUGAAGACUGCUCCAAGUCUUUUGUUAUCCAGCAAAUCCCAAGCAGCAAUCUGUUUAUGGUGGUGGUGGACAGCAGCUGCCUCUGUGAGUCUGUGGCCCCCAUUACCAUGGCGCCCAUUGAAAUCAGGUAUAAUGAAUCUCUUAAGUGUGAACGUUUAAAGGCCCAGAAGAUCAGACGGCGUCCAGAAUCGUGUCAUGGAUUUCAUCCUGAGGAGAAUGCAAGGGAGUGUGGGAGUGCAUCCAAUCUCCAGGCCAAGCUGGUCCUUAUGCUGUUCCCUCUGCUUUUGAUGCUCUUCUCAAGGUGACACUGACUGAGAUGUUCUCUUGGCAUGCUAAAUUAUGGAUAAACUGUGAACCAAAAUAUGGUGCGACAUAGGAGACAUGAAAUAUAGUCCAACCAUCAGCAUCUCAUGAUUUUAAACUGUGCGUGAUAUAAACUCUUAAAACUAUGUUGACAAAAAAGUUAUCUUUUUACUUUGCCAGUCAUGCAAAUGUGAGUUUGCUACAUGAUAAUAAUCAUCCUUCAUCAGAAAUGGGGCUGCAAGUGGGCAGUGUCCCUUCUGCUUGAAACCCAUUGAAACCAAUUUAAAACUGUGUACUUUUUAAAUAAAGUAUAUUAAAAUCAUAA